GCCACGCAGCGGCCCCUCCCCUCCCCUCCCCUUCUUGCAUCCCCCCAUUACCGCAUUCAGAAGCUCCGCUCCAGUGCCAGGCAGUUCCUUUAGUGAGAGAGAUAUUACUAGCUCUAGCUGUGAAGUGGAGUGAGCGAGGGGAGGAUAUAUUUAGGGAAGGGAGUGAGUGAGGGCAUGGCGACGAGCGCGGGAGGGGCCUGGGCGGCGGCGCCGUUCGUGUCCAAGACGUACAUGAUGGUGGACGACCCCGGGACGGAUGGGGUCAUCGGAUGGGGGAGGGGGCACAACAGCUUCGUCGUCGCGGAUCCGUUCGUCUUCUCGCAGACGCUGCUGCCCGCGCACUUCAAGCACAACAACUUCUCCAGCUUCGUCCGCCAGCUCAACACCUAUGGCUUCCGCAAGGUUGAUCCGGACCGGUGGGAGUUCGCGCACGCGUCGUUCCUGCGCGGCGAGACCCACCUCCUGAGCAACAUCGUCCGCCGCGGCAGCAGCGCCGGCGCCUGCGGCAAGAAGAAGAACGCCGCGUCGGCUGAUGUCGACGCCGCCGGAAACGACGACAUGGCCAUGGUGGCGACGGAGGUGGUGCGCCUGAAGCAGGAGCAGCGCGCCAUCGACGACCGGGUGGCCUCCAUGUGGCGCCGCGUGCAGGAGACCGAGCGCCGGCCCAAGCAGAUGCUCGCCUUCCUCCUCAAGGUCGUCGGCGACCUCGACAGGCUGCAUCGCCUCGUCGGUGACGCCGAACCGGACGGCGGCGAGCCGGCGGCGGCCGCAGAGGGCGGCGGCGAGAAGCGGGCGAGGCUCCUGCGCGACGGUCACGCGGGGUCGUUCGGGCCGGACGCAGUCGACUUCGCCGGAUUCUACGGCGGCGACGCGUUCGGUGACCUGGCCGUGGAUGGCGUCGGCGGCUGCUCGUUUGCGUUCGACGUGGACACGGGGUACUGAGUGACAUGCAUCAUGGCAUGUGCCUUCCGUGCCAACCGGCUCCGAUUUCUUGCCGUUGCGAGGCUGCCGCUUAGGACGCCGAAAGGGCGGCAGCAGAAGGUAGGAAGGAGGUGGUCGUCUGAUGAUGGAUGCUGAUGCUAUAUUUCUCAUCCAUGGAGGUCUAUCUGAUGCUUUUGGUGAAUGGUAUGUUAAAGGGUGGGAGUGGGAUGACUGCGCGCAGUGUCCAGGUUAUCCAAGCUAAAUAAGGAACUUGUAUGAUGGAGUGUGACUCUGAAAGUUUCCUAGAAGGUAGGUUUGAUGUAACAUCUCUCCUCCCAUUCUCUCUUCCAUGUAAGCACGAAAGCUGAUAUGGAUCCUUAGCUGCAGGGUUCAUUAUCGA